AGUCCUGUCAGUUUAGGUCGUUUAGGUUACAUUUCAAGAAGGAAUGAUCAGACGAAAACUUGUGGGAAAACGCAAAACGUCAUCAAAAAUAAUAGAGAAAUAAAUAGUUUCAUAGUUUUUUAAUUAAAUAAUAAAUAAUUUUAAGGACACAAAGUAAUUGUUUAUCAUGAUUGUGUCAAAUUUGAGAAAUCUCCUAAAUGCAGGGAAUCAAAGUAAUAAUUACUUAGGAUCCGUUCUAAGGACUAUGGCCUUGGCUUCACAAGCUAAACAUCAUGAAAAAGAAAAGCCAAAGACUGCAAUUUUGAUGUUAAAUAUGGGUGGUCCGAGUAAAUUGGAACAAGUACACGAAUAUUUAUUGCGUAUCAUGACUGAUCGUGAUAUGGUGCAAAUGCCUUUUCAAAGCUUCCUAGCUCCAAUGAUCGCUAAAAGACGAACACCAGAAGUUAUGGAAAAGUACAAAGAAAUUGGCGGUUGUUCUCCAAUUUUAAAAUGGACAAACAAGCAAGGCGAACUUUUAUGCGAACAAUUGGACCAAGUAUCGCCAGAAACGGCUCCUCAUAAAUAUUACGUCGCCUUUCGAUACGCUGAUCCAUUGACUGAUGUAGCUUUGCAGGAGAUAGAAAUGGACGGUGUUCAAAGGACAGUUAUUUUCUCGCAAUAUCCUCAAUACAGUUGUGCGACAAGUGGUUCUAGUUUAACGGCAAUUUACAAAUAUUACAAAGACAGGGAAGACUUAUUAAAUGGAAUGAAGUUAAGUGUUAUUGAUCGAUGGAGUACGCAUCCCUUGUUAGUCAAGGUUUUCGCCGAAAGAAUUAAAGAUGAAAUGAAACAUUUUUCUGAAGAUGAACAGAAAGAUGUGACAAUAGUAUUUUCUGCUCACUCACUUCCAUUGAAGGCAGUGCAGAGAGGUGAUCCAUAUCCUUCAGAAGUCGGCGCCACGGUUCAAUUAGUAAUGCAGGAAUUAAACUUUUCGAAUCCGUUUAUCCUGACAUGGCAAUCGAAAGUAGGACCAGUGGAAUGGUUAGCACCGUUUACGGACGAUGCUAUUAAUUUAUACACUAAAGUUCAUAAGAAGAAGAAUUUCAUUCUGGUACCAAUUGCCUUUGUUAACGAACAUAUUGAAACUCUCCACGAAAUGGACAUUGAGUUCUGUAAAGAUAUUGGCGAAAAGUUGGGAAUCAAUAUAAGAAGGGCGGCAGCACCCAACGAUCAUCCCAUAUUUAUCAACGCCCUGACAGACAUUGUUGCCUCGCAUCUAAAAUCCAAUCGAAAAAUUAGUCCAAAACUGUUGACGAGAUGUCCUCAUUGUACAAAUCCAAAUUGCGAAGAGAGCAAAAGUUGGUUUGCACGUAUCUGUCAAGCUUAAAUUGCAAACACGAAAAUGAACGUUAAAGGUUAUUAAAUAUUUUGCACUUAUUUUUUGAAUUUGAACAAUGUUACAUUUAAUACGCACGGUAAUUUGAGAAGUAAUUUAUUAUUAUCAAAGAGGAAAAUUUUAUUUCAUCCAAAUACAUUUUUUCUUUCUCUGUAAAUAAAAUUUCUAUGAAUUAAUUAUUAUAUUUCACUUGAAAAACGUUUAUGUCAAGAUAAAGACGUGUUUGUUACAGAAAAACGUUUAUAUAAAGGCCAAGGCGAUUUUAUUAUUGAAAAACGUUUUUAUAAAGGCAAAGACGUCUUUAUUAUUGAAAAACGUUUAUAUAAAGACAAAGACUUUAUUAUUGAAAAAUUGUAUUUGAUUCAAAAGGUAUUUAAAUGAAAUAAACAUUAAUCAGAGUGGCCACAUGUCAGGAAAGUUAGGAAAAUGUCAGGACAACAAAAUUUUUGUCAGUAAAGUCAGAAAAAUGACCAAAAAAAAAUUUUUUGUCAGGGAAAUUAAGAAGAUUGAGACUUUGUUCGACUUAUUUUCAAAAAAAAAAUUGUGAAUUUGUCGACUU